GGGGGCGGGGCCACGGGAGCGCCCCAGAGCCCCGCUGAAGUAAGUAGGUGGCGAGCCAGCGGGAGGCGGCGGCCGGUCCUCCGCAACGACAGGAAGAUGGCGCCGCCGGAGCCGGAACGGGGGCUGAAGAGCGUCGUGUGGCAGAAAAUAAAAGCAACAGUGUUUGAUGACUGUAAGAAAGAAGACGAAUGGAAGAUAAUGCUUUUAGAUGAAUUUACCACGAAGCUUUUGGCAUCGUGUUGCAAAAUGACAGAUCUUCUCGCAGAGGGUAUAACUGUUGUGGAGAAUAUUUAUAAGGUUCGGGAACCUGUCAGACAAAUGAAAGCUCUUUAUUUUAUCUCUCCAACAUCAAAGUCUGUAGACUGUUUUUUACGUGACUUUCCAAGUAAGUCGGAGAAUAAAUAUAAAGCGGCAUACAUAUACUUCACUGACUUUUGCCCUGAUAGUCUCUUUAACAAAAUUAAGUCUUCUUGCUCCAAGUCAAUAAGAAGAUGUAAAGAAAUAAAUAUUUCCUUCAUUCCGCUUGAAUCUCGGGUAUACACUCUUGAUGUACCAGAUGCAUUCUAUUACUGUUACAGUCCAGAUCCCAGUAAUGCAAAUGGAAAAGAUGCUGUAAUGGAAGCAAUGGCUGAGCAGAUAGUUACCGUAUGUGCUAGCCUUGAUGAAAAUCCCGGAGUAAGGUAUAAAAGUAAACCUCUAGAUAAUGCCAGUAAACUUGCCCAACUUGUUGAAAAAAAACUUGAAAACUACUACAAGACUGAUGAAAAGAGCCUAAUAAAGGGUAAAACUCACUCCCAGCUCAUAAUAAUUGACCGUGGCUUUGAUCCUGUGUCCACUGUCCUGCAUGAACUGACGUUUCAGGCAAUGGCAUAUGAUCUACUGCCGAUUGAGAAUGAUACAUACAAAUAUAAAACUGAUGGGAAAGAAAAGGAGGCAAUCCUUGAAGAAGAUGAUGACCUCUGGGUCAGAAUUCGACACCGGCAUAUUGCGGUUGUAUUAGAGGAAAUUCCCAAGCUUAUGAAGGAAAUUUCAUCAACAAAGAAAGCAACAGAAGGAAAGACAUCACUUAGUGCUCUUGCCCAACUAAUGAAAAAGAUGCCACAUUUCCGAAAACAGAUUACUAAGCAAGUUGUCCAUCUUAACAUAGCAGAAGAUUGCAUGAAUAAAUUCAAGUCUAAUAUAGAAAAGCUCUGCAAAACUGAACAGGACCUGGCGCUGGGAACUGAUGCAGAAGGACAGAAGGUGAAGGAUUCCAUGCGAGUGCUCCUGCCAGUUCUGCUCGGCAAAAACGACAAUUAUGAUAAAAUACGAGCAAUCCUGCUCUAUAUCUUCAGUAAUAAUGGAACAACGGAAGAAAAUUUGGAUAGGUUGAUCCAGAAUGUAAACAUAGAAAAUGAGAGUGACAUGAUUCGUAACUGGAGUUACCUUGGUGUCCCCAUUGUCCCCCCGUCUCCACAAGGCAAACCGUCAAGAAAGGAUCGGUCUUCAGAAGAAACUUUUCAACUCUCUCGAUGGACACCUUAUAUCAAAGAUAUUUUGGAGGAUGCCAUUGAUAAUAGAUUAGAUUCAAAGGAAUGGCCAUAUUGUUCCCAGUGCCCAGCAGUGUGGAAUGGCUCAGGAGCUAUAAGUGCUCGCCAGAAACCCAGGGCUAAUUAUUUGGAAGACCGAAAAAAUGGGUCCACACUGAUUGUUUUUGUUAUCGGAGGAAUUACGUACUCUGAAAUGCGUUGUGCUUACGAAGUUUCUCAGGCACACAAAUCCUGUGGAGUUAUUAUUGGUUCUACCCAUAUUUUAACACCCAGAAAGCUGUUGGAUGACAUAAAGAUGCUGAAUAAAUCCAAGGAUAAAGUCUCCAUUAUUAAGGAUGAAUAGUAUUUGGGGGUGGGGUGGUUCUUAUUCAUUCUUUCAACUAAACUAGAUCAAUGUAAAUAUUUUAUGGAUUAAUGACUUUUCAAAUAUAUUUCUUAAAGGA